AGGAUAAAUCGUGAACUCAGGAAUUGUGCUGCCCUCAACCAUGCAAAUAUUGUACCCAUCUAUGGUUAUACGCAUGGCUUCGGCCUAUUUCCAGCGAUAGUCACACCUUGGGCAGAAAACGGUAACCUGUUCAACUAUCUGGAGCGUGAGGGUGCGGCUCUUACUCUUGUCAGACGAUUCCAGUUGGCAAACAUCAUAGCUGGUCUGCAAUAUCUUCACGCCAACUGUGUCAUCCAUGGAAACCUCAGUGGGCCCAAUGUGCUCGUCCGUGAUGAUGGCACUGCGUGCAUUGCCGACUUUGGUCUUUCCUUGAUGUAUUCAAAGGUCAUAAGCGUCACUGAAGCUUCCUGGACUUCCACCCUCAAAGGAAACGUGCGAUGGAUGGGUCCUGAGCUAUUACUAGAGAAGGAGGAUGGAUCUCCAACUCGUCCGAGCGAGCAGAGCGACAUCUAUUCGUUCGGCGGUAUCAUGUUGCUGGUCUUCACCAACAAAAUUCCUUAUCAUCACCUCCGGCGUGACGUCAUGAUCUUCCUCCACUUAUCUAGGUCUGAAACGCCCUCCCGAACUCAUUAUCCUGAGCUCCCUGAAAAGUAUUGGCCAUUUAUCGAGCGAUGUUGGUCUAGUGAUCCUCGGGAUCGUGGAUCAUCCAUCGACGGAGGAAGUUGA